GGCAACACAGUCUUAACCUAUGCACGGGCACCAACAUAGGUAGGUAGUUAAAUGUCUAGGUUAAAAGUUUUCAAACACAAUACCAAACCCAACAACAAACUACACAUACAGCAGUCACAACAAGACUUCGAUCUUCACAUCUGCAAAGAUGGAUUCGAAUAUGCGUGAGUGUGCUUCCUGCGGCCGCAAUCUGCCUCGGUCGUCCUAUUCAGCCAAUCAGUUCUCCAAGAAUCCCGGCGUAUCGCGAUGCGCGGGUUGCGUUCAUGGGCACCAUGUCGAUACUCCAUUGUCUAGCGGCUUUGAUAGUGGCAGAUACAACAACUCCAGCAGUGCCAACAUUCCAAGUCAUGAGCUCGACAACCCCUUUGCUAGUGGCGCGUUCCGGUGGGUAGCUAAGGGAAGCUACACUUCGGGCCCACGCAACGGCCAGGCGUGCGUCGUCAAGUGGUUCAAAACCGGGGGCGUCUUCGAGGAAGACUACUUCACUCUUGACAUCAAAGCUGUCAAUAAGGCUCUAGAUAUCAUCGAUAAAUUCAAUGAACUCAACGUAGUCAACAAAUCCGUCAAGAUCAACGUACCCGCUGUGUGGUCAUUUACGCAGGAAGCUGGGGCACAAUGGGCAGGACAACGUAUCCUAUGCGAACCAUUCAUCCAAAACUAUCAAAAGUUCAACAGCAACACCGGAUGGAGCGACGACUCGGAGGCGUGGGGAGAGGUCAUGCAGGCCCUUAGUCACUUCAGCUACCAUGUUACAGGCGGCCAGUUCGUCUUGUGUGAUCUCCAGGGCGGCAUCUACCAGCACGAGGCUGUCCUCUCUGACCCCGUCAUCUUGUCGCGAAACCGCGACUAUGGCGUGACUGAUCUUGGACCCGAUGGCAUCAGUUCUUUUUUCAGCCAACACCGCUGUAACAACUACUGUCGCUCGAACUGGAUGCGGCCCAUAAACCCAGUUCAAAUAUUUCGCCCAGUCCCCGGCACCACCAUGAUGAGACACGCGGUACCUACGCGUCGUUCCCGACCCAUGGAAACGUUUUAUGAAUAAUUACUACGGCGGAUAAAGUGGUUGCAGCACGUGAAUGUCGGCGCUGGUUUUCGCAAUACCACGCCCUAUAAAUACUGCCCAAUGAUUGAGGAAACGGCUGGUAAUUAGGGAUAGUCUUGGGACCAAUAAAGGCAUAUAUUUUGUAGUGAUCCCUAAUAACAUGUCUUCCUCUUCCUGAAGAUUCAGUAGCAGCUCCACCGGACA